AUGGGCGACGGAGUUACAUUGGAUGGCGCAGAUAUUAACUGGAAGUUCACGGAAGAUGUGCAAAUUCCACCGUUUCGUAAUAUGGAUGAGUUUAUCCUUGGUCGAGCAAGGUUCCAGUUACCAACGUUUACCAAUUUUCCGAAAUGGAAUAAUCGGAUUCUAACCAAUUUGUUGUACUUUCAAACAAAUUAUUUCGUGAUAAUGAUAGCCGUUAUCCUGGUAUCAUGCGCAGUUCAAGCCCCUCAUGUUCUAUUUGGGUUAAGUGCAUUGGUUACUCUCAUAGCAGCCUUGUUCCUCUCAAUUUCAAAGAAUCCAUCCCUUGAACAGAUUCGGAGCGACCAUCCUCUCUUGACGCUUAUUUCGAUUUUGGUUGCUUUGUAUUACUUUAUUUAUGUUUUGACAUCUGUUUGUGUCGUGUUGUUCAUUAUUUUGAUGCCAACUUUGUUAGUUCUUAUUCAUGCUUCACUUCGUCUCCGUGAUCCAAAGGCAAAAAUCAACCGCUUAUGGGAGCGAACUGGCAUGUCGACAACCGUGAUGUCUCGUCUCCUUCAACUUAUGAAUGUAGACUUGAAGAGUUUGUAA